AUGACUUGUGGAAAAAGUAUAAUGAAAAAAAAUUACGAUGGAUUUUCUCUCGUUAAAAAAAAUAAUUUUCAUUCGGAAAAUGUGGAAAUGGAAAACGGGAAAGUCGAGAUAAACAACGAAGAUUAUCACGAGAAUUUACAAACGAUUAUUAUUUCGUCAUUUCCGGAAAAUGAAAAAAAUUUAACUAUGUUACAAACGUGGAAAGUCGAACAGGUUGGCGCCCGAACAAUGUCAAGGAUAUUGUAG